AUGGCGGGCUGGUUCGGGUCCUCGACCAACAGCGCGCUCGAUGAGCAGAUCGAGCGCGCCACCACCUCGAGCUUAGAGGACAUGCCCCUCAACCUCGAGAUCUCCGACGUGAUUCGAUCCAAGACAGUGCAGCCUAAAGACGCCAUGCGCUCGCUGAAGAAGCGCAUAGGGAACAAGAACCCCAACGUCCAGCUGGCCACUCUGAACCUCACGGACACGUGCGUCAAGAACGGCGGCGCCCACUUCAUACAGGAGAUAGCUUCGCGCGAGUUCCUCGACAACAUGACGUCCCUCAUCAAGGCGCCAGCCGGCGUUGCCGCGAACCACGAGGUAAGGAGCAAGAUGCUGGAGCUCAUCCAGUCGUGGGCGACGGCAGCGGAGGGGCGGAGCAAUCUAGGCUACAUCAACGACGUCUACCGGACCUUGCAACGAGAGGGCUACCACUUCCCACCCAAGGAGAACAUCUCGAGCAGCAUGCUUGACAGCAGUGCACCCCCAGAGUGGAUAGACUCGGACGUAUGCAUGCGCUGCCGUACCCCCUUCACCUUCACGAACCGCAAGCACCACUGCAGGAACUGCGGUAACGUCUUCUGCGGCGCGUGCUCGAGCAACAACAUCCCCCUGCCACACCUUGGCAUCAUGGACCCGGUACGAGUCGACGAUGGCUGCCAUGCGAAGCUCACCGAUCGAUCGCGAGGAACGCCAGCACCGCCGAGAUUCGACGCGCCAAAGCCGAACAAGACACUGUACCAAGGCGCGAUGGAGCCGCGCAAUCCGCGCGUCGAGGACAGCUUCGACGCAGACCUGAAGCGAGCCUUGGAGAUGAGCCUGGAAGACGCAAGGGGCAACAGCUCCUCCGGCUUCGUGUCACAGGCGCAGCUGCACUCAACCCCCAAGCCCAACGGCACAGCGAAGAAGCCUGAACCGGAAGAGGACGAGGACGCCGAUUUGAAAGCUGCUAUUGCAGCCUCGCUGGCCGACAUGGAAGAGCAGAAGAACAAGUACGCCACAAACUUCCGCCAACAGGCGGCCAGCGACUCAAAUGGGACACCCUUUGUCGCGCCCAAGAACGACUACGAGCUCACCCCUGUGGAGGCGGAGAACAUCAACCUCUUCUCGACACUAGUAGACCGACUGCAACACCAGACUCCCGGCGCUAUCCUGCGCGAGCCUCAAAUUCAAGAGCUGUACGAGAGCAUAGGCAAGCUGCGGCCGAAGCUCGCUCGCACGUACGGCGAGACGAUGAGCAAGCAUGAAACACUUCUCGAUCUUCAUGCCAAGCUUUCCACCGUCGUCCGCUACUACGACCGCAUGCUCGAGGAGCGUCUGUCCAGCACAUAUACCCAGGCCGGUGCUAUGUACGGAAUGCCUCGUCCUGCGCCCCACGUUUACCCUCAAAUCUCCUCCGGCGCACCCGCAUACCAGGGCAGCGAAAAAUACUACUCGAGCAGCGCAGCCCCUUCAGACCCAUACGGACGACCGCAGCCCAGCUAUCAGUCGCAACCGCAGCAGCCGUACCCUCCGUUCGACCAGCGCGCGUCUGCACUGCCGCAGUCGUACGCGCCACCUCACGACCAAUACCAGCAAGCCCAGCAACCCUCGCAGCCCUACCCGAAUCUGGCCUCGUAUAGUGCAGGAGCAGCAACCCAACAACCACCCAGUGCGUCUUACCAGCCGCCAUCGCCACAACUCCAACGCCAAGCCUCGACCCAAUAUCCGCCCGCCUACCCACCGCAAGCGCCCUCCAACGUCUCCGAUACCGAAAGCGCGAACUACUACUAUGGUGACAACAGCGCACCUACACCGAUUCAGCGCACGCAAAGCUAUACCUCGCAGCCAGCGCAAUCCUCGUCACCACAAAUGUACAACCGCGCACCACCCCAGCAACAAACGCCGAUCUCACCUCCAGAGCAACCAGCAACAGCAUGGCAGAAUCCUCCCUACCCACGGGACAAUGCGCCACAGCAACAGCAGGCUCCUCAGCAGCAGCAAUGGCAGCAGCCGCAGCAUCAACCACCUUCACAGCAACCCCCACAGCAUCAGCAGCCGCAACAACAACCGCAGCCGCAACAACAACCGCAGCCGCAACAACAACCGCAGCCGCAACAACAUCCACAGCCGCAACAACAUCCGCAGCCGCAACAACAUCCGCAGCCCCAACAACAUCCGCAGCCCCAACAACAUCCACAGCCCCAACAACAACCGCAGCAGAGUCACUGGAACCCGGCAACCCCCUACGCGAUGGGCGGCUACGGACCGGAGAGUUUCCCUGCCGCGCCACAAGCAGCGCCCGUGCAGCAGAAGGUCGACGAGCCGCUGAUUGAUCUGUAG